AUGGGCAAGCGCAAGAGCUCCGCCAAGCCGCCACCCAAGGCGCCGGCGCCCAAGCUGGACACAUCGUUCAACUGCCCCUUCUGCAACAGCACCAAGACGGUCCAAUGCACCAUGGAUUGGGAGCGUCAGGAGGGGACCGUGGAGUGCGUGCACUGCAAGGAGAGCUUCAGCAGCAAGAUCAACCACCUGUCUGAGCCGAUUGACAUCUACAGCGACUGGCUGGAUGCCUGCGAGAGCGCCAACGCAUAA